GUGCAACUGGACAGCAUGAAUGUUGCGACAGCAUUAGCUAUGAAUACCUGGGCUGGCAAAGUUGCGAUUGUGACCGGCGCUAGUGCCGGGAUCGGCACCGCGAUCGCGAAAUCCCUGAUCGAUCACAGCAUCAAAGUGGUCGGCCUGGCGAGGAGGAAGGACAAGCUGCAGGAAUUGGCCCAGAAAUUCGGCAAGGACAAGUUCUUCCCCGUGCGAUGCGACGCCACCAAGGAAGAGGACAUCCUGAACGCUUUCAAGUGGGUGAACGAGAAACUGGGCGGCGCUGAUAUUCUGGUGAACAACGCGGGGGUAGUGUGCGCCGCACCGAUCAUCGAUUCGCCUACCGAAGAAUACCGGAAGGUAUUAGACCUUAAUCUAAUAGCCCCCGCGAUAUGCGCCAGGGAAUUUGUGAAAUCGGUCAAGCGACGUAACUCGCGCGGCCAUAUAGUCAAUAUUAACAGCAUAGCCGGGCAUUACGCGGAAACUCUUACGAUGCCACUCGGCAUGUACUGCGCGAGUAAAUACGGUUUGACGGCACUGAGCGCGGAACUUCGUCACGAAAUAAUUGCAGCGAAGCUGAACAUAAGAGUCACGAGUGUUAGUCCGGGCGCUGUAUCGACGGACUUACUGACAUCGAUACUCAACGCUAGUGGCAUUGACGGUGCUAUAAUGUUGUACGACUCGCACAUCGCCGAUGGAGUGAUCUACGCGAUAGGAGCACCAGAAGGCGCAGAGGUUUACGAACUCACGAUUGUACCGCAGAACUCAUUAAUGGGAAUUUCAAUAGCGAGUAAAUAGAUGGACAAAGUUGGAUAAGCUGGUAAAAGUUCAGUCGUGCUGGUGCAACGUUGUGUAAUUUGUACCAUUCAGUAGUCAUGUUUAUUAAGUCCUUUUCGUCAAAUAAGCUCCCUAAACGAGGGACGCCAGUUUUGACGCAGUAAAGUUGUACGAUAGAACGAAUAAAAGAUUAUAGAAUAA